AUGACGGAUGCCCGUAAGGUCCCAAAGUUGAUGACGGAUGCCCGUAAGGUCCCAAAGUUGAUGACGGAUGCCCGUAAGGUCCCAAAAUUGAUGACAGAUGACCGUAAGGUCCCAAAGUUGAUGACGGAUGCCCGUAAAGUCCCAAAGUUGAUGACGGAUGCCCGUAAGGUCCCAAAGUUGAUGACGGAUGCCCGUAAGGUCCCAAAGUUGAUGACGGAUGCCCGUAAGGCCCCAAAGUUGAUGACGGAUGGCCGUAAGGUCCCAAAGUUGAUGACGGAUGCCCGUAAGGUCCCAAAGUUGAUGACGGAUGGCCGUAAGGUCCCAAAGUUGAUGACGGAUGCCCGUAAGGUCCCAAAGUUGAUGACGGAUGGCCGUAAGGUCCCAAAGUUGAUGACGGAUGCCCGUAAGGUCCCAAAGUUGAUGACGGAUGGCCGUAAGGUCCCAAGGUUUAUGACGGAUGGCCGUAAACCAGAACCAGGGUACCCGGACAAAGUAAUCAAAGAGUGA